AUGUCUACAGAAAAAACUGAACCACGCGAAAUUAAGUCUACCAGCGUACAAUCUCCUGACUACAUACCUUCAGAUAUUAUUCACCUCGACGUAGGUGAAGAUAUCACUCGUAUUCGAACAAAAUGGUGGCAGCUGUGGAUUCCAAAAGCUCUUCCUCUUCCUCCGAAAGAGACCAUGGCAGACGCUCCUGUCAUCCCGAUCGUGAAUGCGUCUCUGUUUUCAAAGUUAACAUAUUCUUGGGUCACGCCGUUGAUGGUCUUAGGCUAUCAACGUACAUUGCAAGCCUCUGAUCUCUGGAAGAUGGAUGAAACAAUGGCUGCCGCAAACCUUUCCGAGCAACUAGACAACGCAUGGACUCGGAGAGUACAGCAGGCGAGCGAAUGGAACAUGAAAUUGGAGCUCGGGAAGAUAGCCCCAGGAGCCCUGAGACGCAUUUUGUGGUUUGUUAAGGCACUUGCAUCAAGUGAUCCUCGUAGUCGUCGCCAGUCUCUGGAAGUCCAUUGGCGCAAAGUGGGUGGAAAACGGAAUGCUAGUCUUGCAUGGAGCUUGAACGAAGUAUUUGGUCAUCUUUUCUGGGUCGGAGGAGCUUUCAAGGUUUUCGGAGACACCUGUCAGAUGAUGGGUCCUUUGGUUGUCAAGGCAAUUAUCAAUUUUGCAAAGGAGCGCUCUGCUUCCCGUGAAAACGGAACAGAGAUACCAAGCAUUGGAAAAGGUGUCGCGAUGGCAAUUGGACUCUUCUUGAUGGUGAUAUGCACAAGUAUAUGCCAGCACCAGUUCUUCUGGCGCUCUAUGACAACUGGUGUCCUUGCUCGUGGGGCAUUGACAAAUUCUGUGUACAAACGUAGUGUUGUUCUGACAGGUAGAGCUCGCAUAGAGUACACAAACGCAAAGUUAGUGAAUAGUAUUUCAACGGACAUAAGUCGAAUUGAUGCAGCUUCUCAGUGGUUUGUGAGAUGGACUGCACCAAUACAGGUUAUGGUCUGCCUUAUUAUUCUUCUGGUGGAGCUUGGUCCUUCAGCUUUGGCUGGCUUUGCACUUUUCUUACUGGUUGCUCCGAUACAAAGCCAAGUUAUGGCGCACCGUCUGAAGAUUCGGAAGGCAUCAAAUAUCUUCACUGAUCGGCGAGCUAAGCUGUUGGCAGAAGUGUUCAGCACUAUGCGUAUUGUCAAGUAUUUCUCCUAUGAAUUUCCUUUCAUCCAGAGAAUUGCACAAACUCGAACUCAAGAAAUGGUUGGUAUCAAAAAAAUGAACAACAUCCAAUCUGCUAAUACUGCAUUUGCAUAUUCAAUACCAGUACUAGCUGCAACUCUUGCAUUUGUCACUUAUACCAAACUCAGUGCAGAAUUCGACAUUGCUGUUGUUUUUUCAUCACUCAGUUUAUUUCAGCUCUUGAGACAACCAAUGAUGUUUUUUCCUCGAGCCAUGUCUGUCACGGCAGAUGCCCAGAAUGCUUUGGCAAGAUUAUCAAAGAUAUUUCAUGCUGAAAUUUUGUCGCAAACUCCAUUUAUCAUUGACCCCAUGCAAGGUUCAGCUCUUCAAACUAAGGACCUGACGUUUACAUGGGAACUAUCUAUACCUGAAGAGAAGAAACCCAACAUUUACUCUUUUGAUAAUGCACAAGAACUGGAGCCUUUUCAAGUGCGGAAUAUUAGUCUUGAGAUUCCAUGUCAUUCUUUAACAGCAAUUGUUGGCAAAUGUGGGAGUGGUAAAUCAAGUCUAUUUCAAGGUCUCAUUGGAGAAAUGAGAGUGGUCAAAGGGUCAUUCUCUUUUGGUGGAAAAGUUGCUUACUGCCCCCAAAUUCCAUGGAUUCAGAAUACCACUGUUAAAAAUAACAUCUUGUUUGGUGAACCCUUUGAUGAAGAAAAGUAUUGGAGAGUUGUGGAAGUUGCAUGUCUGUUGCCUGAUCUAGAAAUUAUGGCUGAUGGUGAUUUAACUGAGAUUGGUGAGAAAGGAGUCAACCUUAGUGGUGGUCAGAAGCAAAGAAUUAGUAUUGCUCGGGCUUUAUAUAGCAAUGCAGAAGUUUUCCUCUUUGAUGAUCCACUUUCUGCAGUUGAUGCACAUGUUGGAAGGGCUUUGUUUCAUGGUGCUAUUGGUCCAUUAAUUCAAGAAAGAAAAACUGUCAUUCUUGUUACACACAGCAUGCACAUUCUGCCAUAUUGUGACAGAGUUUACAGUAUGGAAGGGGGCAUUAUCUACCCACUUCAUAUAAAUAGCCCACCUCUUCCUUUACAAGUCCUAGGAGAAGGAGAGACAUUGUCAAACAAUGUGGAAGCCCAGACAGAUGCAAUGCCUGGUUUUAAUGCACAGCAACGAGGUGCAGGGACUGGAAAAGAUGGUGGAAAGCUCAUUAAACUAGAAAAACGGAGCACGGGAUCCGUGCCUUGGUCUGUUUAUUGGUCAUAUGUCCAAGCUGGCCGGGGCUUGAUUACUAUCCCAUUGAUUGUUGCUUCGAUUGUGCUCAUGCAAGGAAGUCAAAUUGUAAACACUUAUACACUUGUCUGGUGGCAAGCAAAUACAUUCCUCAAACCUUUCUCCUUUUAUCAAAUCCUAUAUGCAUGCCUGGGCAUAUCCCAAGCAAUGUUUACAUUUUUAAUGGGUCUUUCAGUUGAUACAUUGUCAAAAUUUGUGUCAAUAAAUUUGCAUCAAGAUGUCAUUUUCAAUAUUAUAUUUGCACAAAUGUCUUUCUUUGACACGACACCGUUAGGUCGAAUUCAGAGUUUGCUUGGGAAGGAUAUUGACAGUAUGUUGACAUUAUUUCAAAUUGCAUUUGUGGGUAUUAUUCUGACUAUAGCGAAUGUCAUCGGAGCUGUGAUAGUCAUUUCUAUCCUUGAACCCUACUUUAUCAUCGCAGUCUUUGUGAUUGCGUUUGGCUACUAUUAUUUUGCCUUAUUCUAUAAAGCAGGUGCCAGAGAGAUCAGACGCCUUGAUGCUAUGUUGCGCUCCUUGCUCUAUGCUCAAGUCUCGGAAUCUCUGACCGGCCUACCAACAAUUCGUAGUUACGGAAAGAUUCCAAGAUUCAUUCAGGAUAAUCAAUAUUACAUUGACCUCGAAAAUCGAGCAUUAUUUAUAACUGUUACUACACAAAGGUGGCUUGCUAUACGGGUUGAUUGUUUAGGAGCUAUACUCGUCUUUUUUGUUUCAUUAUUUGCAGUUAUAGGGAUAUCUGGAAUCAAUGCUGCUCAAAUUGGCCUAAUCCUGACAUAUUCUACGACCCUCACUCAAUUAUGUGGAGUAGUAACAAGACAGUCGGCGGAAAUUGAGAAUUAUAUGAAUGCAGUUGAACGAGCUGUUCAUUAUGGUCAACCGGAGUCCAUUGCACAAGAGCCCCCUCAUGAAAUCAAAGCCUCUGAACCACCUCCAUCAUGGCCCCAAGAUGGUAUCAUACGUUUCAAAGAUGUUUGCAUGACCUAUCGACCUGGUCUACCUAACGUUCUACACAAUAUGGACAUUGAGAUUGGGGAAAAUGAAAAAAUCGGGAUUGUGGGUCGCACAGGUGCUGGAAAAUCAUCGCUCAUUUUGACCUUGCUCCGUAUUGUCAACUUUGAAGGAACAAUCACAAUUGAUGGGAUUGAUAUAUCGCAGAUCGGGUUGAGAAGCUUGAGGACAAAAAUAUCUAUGAUCCCUCAAGAGGCAAGGACUAUUCGCACCAACCUCGAUCCUUUUUCACAAUAUGAUGAUCCACAACUGUGGGAUGCUCUCCAUAGGUCAUAUUUGGUCGAGGAUCCUCAAUCUGAUUCUUCGACGGACAACAUAACCGUGACUUUGGACGAAAAGUCAAGUGUGCAAGCCAUCACGCUCGACACGGUUGUCGAACCCGAGGGAGCGAAUCUAAGUGUUGGUCAGCGGGCAUUACUCAGUAUUGCGCGCGCUCUAGUCAAGAACAGCAAGGUUGUGAUUCUGGACGAGGCGACUGCAUCAGUUGAUCCAGUGACAGAGACCAAGAUUCAAAGGAGUCUUCACUCACAGUUCAAAAACUGUACUAUGCUAUGCAUUGCUCAUCGUCUUCAGACUAUUAUUUCGUACGAUCGCAUCCUAGUUAUGGAUCAGGGGACUGUAGCAGAAUUUGAUACUCCGUUGAGUCUUUUCCAAAAGACAGAUGGUAUUUUCCGCAGUCUAUGCGAGAAAGGUGGAAUUUCCCUGGAUGAUAUUGUUCGAAGUGACCGAAACGCAAAGUAG